GCCACGGCAUGAGGAAACGCAACGAGUCCGUCACGGUGGAGCAUGAGCGCGCCGCCGCUGCCGCCGUGCCCGGGCCCCUCGACAAGGGCUGCAGCCUGAGGCGAAGCCUGCGCCUGCCUGCCUCCGCCGCCGCCGAGGGCAUGAAGCGACCGCUGGGCAGGCGAUACGGAUUGUGGUUCCGAUUGAGGAAGUUAAUACUCUGGUUGCUGGGAGUGUACAUAGCCAUCCCAUUUCUAGUAAAACUUUGCCCUGCUAUUCAGGCAAAGCUGGUCUUCCUAAACUUUGUGAGAGUCCCAUAUUUCAUUGACUUGAAAAGGCCACAGGAUCAAGGUUUAAACCACACCUGUAAUUAUUACUUGCAGCCAGAGGAGGAUGUAACCAUUGGAGUCUGGCACACGGUCCCUGCAGCCUUGUGGAAGAAUGCCCGAGGGAAGGACCAGCUGUGGUUCGAAGAGGCUUUGGGCUCCAGCCACCCUGUAAUCCUUUACCUGCACGGCAACGCAGGAACAAGAGGAGGGGAUCACCGGGUGGAGCUUUACAAGGUUCUCAGCUCCCUCGGGUACCACGUGGUGACAUUUGACUAUCGAGGCUGGGGUGACUCAAUAGGCAGCCCGUCAGAGAGGGGAAUGACCUACGACGCCCUUCAUGUCUUUGACUGGAUAAAAGCACGGAGUGGAGACAACCCUGUCUAUAUAUGGGGACACUCCCUGGGCACAGGGGUUGCAACAAAUCUGGUGCGGCGCCUCUGCGAGAGAGAAACACCCCCAGAUGCCCUGAUCCUGGAAUCUCCAUUCACCAACAUACGGGAGGAGGCACGGAGUCACCCCUUUUCUGUGAUAUACAGAUACUUCCCUGGGUUUGACUGGUUCUUCCUUGACCCCAUCACGACAAGUGGAAUUAAAUUUGCAAACGAUGAGAAUGUGAAAUACAUUUCCUGCUCCCUACUCAUCCUUCAUGCUGAGGAUGAUCCAGUGGUACCAUUUCAUCUGGGAAAAAAGCUUUACAACAUCGCAGCCACAUCGCGGAGUUUCCGGGACUACAAGGUGCAGUUUGUGCCCUUCCACACAGACCUCGGCUACCGGCACAAGUACAUCUACAGGAGUCCAGAGCUACCUCGGAUACUGCGGGAAUUCCUGGGAAAAUCUGAACAUGAGCAUCAUCACUGAAGACUGUCUGCUUGUCAGCACAGAGAUUUUCAUUUCCUUCCUCUCUCUCCUUUUCCUCCCCACUCCCUGUGGGUUAGUCUGCCAUUCUUGCAUCCCUGGCACUAGAGGAGGUCAGGGAUUCCCAUUCCAGUCCUGAUGUGUAUCCUUGGCAACUCCAGCUUCUGGCAUCAGCAUCUGUGACGGCAGAAGGAAGAAGUUGUUGGCUUCUUUUUUGGACUUGGAUAGAGGGGUGGUAGUAGCCCAGGAGCCAGUACCAAACCAUGAAAAAUGUAGGCGCAGCAAAGCCUUACCCAUCCCUCGUGGUACUGCUGAGGACAGAUGUUCCCAGGAUGUGUCAUGACCAAGGAUGUUUCUUUCACUUUUAAACACUGCUGCUGUUUUUGGAUCAUGUAGAGAUAU